AUGUUUUCACUAUUUCUUUCCUUGUCUCUAAUUUCUCAUUUUCAUAUUACUCUACAUAAUAUUCAUGAUCCCAGGUACAUUUCCUCAUUAACACCUCACUCUCAUUCUCUAUACCUAUUUCUUUCUAAUAUUCUUAAGAUGUCUCCAUUUUUUUCUUCUUUUGCCAUUUUGUAUCUUUCGAACUCCUUUUAUUUGCUAACAAUUACGGAGUAUAGCUUCAUACGUUCUCUCUUUUACUCAUUGUCCUUUCUUUUCUCUCUCACGUUUCCUCUUUUCUUUCUUUCUUUUUCUUUAUACAAAUCCAAUUUCACACAUGAUCAGGCUAUAACAGAGAUACACACUUUCUUCCUCUCUGUGGUUUUCUCUUUUCUUUCUUUCUUCUUCUUCAUCUCUUUCCCUCUAUCUAAUUAUCUAAGUUCAUAUCUAUCUAUCUAUCUAUCUAUCUAUCUAUCAAUUUGUAUUCUAAAUAGCUUUCUCGUUCUAUCUGUCUAUCUAUCUCAGCACGUUCAUAACUGUGUGUCUAUCUAUCUAUCUAUCUAUCUAUCUAUCUAUCUAUCUAUCUCAGUACUACGAUCAUAUAUCUAUCUAUCUAUCUAUCUAUCUAUCUAUCUAUCUAUCUAUCUCAGUACGUUGAUAUGUAUGUAUGUAUGUAUGUAUGUAUGUAUCUAUCUAUCUAUCUAUCUAUCUAUCUCAUACGAUCAUUAUCUAUCUAUCUAUCUAUCUAUCUAUCUAUCUAUCUAUCAUAAUUUACAAGAUUUGAAUACUAACUGGCUUUCUCGUUCUAUCUGUCUAUCUAUCUCAGUACGUUCAUAUCUAUCUAUCUAUCUAUCUAUCUAUCUGUGGAACGAAAAUAAACAAACACGCAAGCACAUUCACUUAUUAAAAUAA